UCGAAAAGGGAUUCGUCUAUUCGGACUCUACUGUCACCAGCCCAUGAUAACUCUCCAGCAAUGGCUUAUCUGUGUAGCUGGUCUACAAGCCGAUGACUACACCAACUCACACAUUGUAUUGAUCCCAAUCGAAAGAUUAGAGACUCAGCAACACCAACACCAACACCAACACCAACAGCAGCAGAAACCGACUUCGACACGGUCUUUUAUUUUCAUGAAUUUGGUAUCAACACGGGCCAGAAAAUACGGACAUACAAUUACUUUGAACGGCGUAGACAGACCGCGGGCCCCUGCUGUUGUAUCCCUUGGGUUUCGAAAUAUCCUCACCGGAGUCCUCUCGAAGGAAGUCGACGAAAGAAAAACCUCAACUUUGCCAGCGGGGAUGUGGAAAGGAACAUGUCUAUCACAACGAAGAAACUGAUCACAGGAAGUAAUCCGGGGUGCGCCUCGAGACCAUGGGCUCUCCUGCGCGCGGGCAGGGAUCGAAUUGUAAGCUAGAACGGCAGUGUUAGCGAGGUCAACUUCGAGCAGGUACGGAAAUCCGACGGUACAUACAACGUAUACUUGAGGUGCUCAUCAAUCUCCAUGAUUGCGGCCUGGUUGCCGCAACGGUAGCAGU